CUCCUGCCUGCCUGCCUGUCUGUGGGGCGGGGGACUCGCCCCACCCCUCUCUCCUCCUGUCCCAGCCACGAGUCCCUCGCCUCGCCGUUUUCCCGUGAUCAGACCAGAGCAUCUUCUCCCAGCCUUGGUUGCUGCAACGUGCGUGCCCACCUACCUACCUUCAGGCUUCCUUCCAGACGUGCACUCUCCACCCCGCUCUGGAAAUCUUUGCACGAUGCCGGUAACCCGCUCAAAGUCCGUGGGCAACACCUCCGCCUUGACGUCUCAGCUGGGCAUUGUCCGUCUGCUGGAGGUCCUCUUCACGUGUGUCACCUUCAGCCUGGUGGUCCACAUCGACAAGUGGCAUAGUCGCAAUGGCGACUGGUGCAUGUUCUCGUGGUGCGCUUCCUUCGCCAUCACUAUUGUCAUCUUGGUGGUGGAGUUUGCCGGCCUCCAGCACCGCAUGCCAGUUUCCUGGAAGAACUUCCCCAUCACAUUCGCCAUGUAUGCCACCCUGAUGUGCCUCUCGGCUUCCAUCAUCUACCCGGUCACCUACAUUCAGAACCAAAAUCCCUCCCGCAGAGAACGUCCGUACCUCAUUUCUGCCACUGUGUUCUCAUGCCUCUCCUUCUUGGCAUACUCCACAGAGGUUGGCAUAACCAAAGCCAAACCAGGAGAAGUCACUGGCUACAUGGCCACUGUCCCUGGGCUGCUCAAGGUGGUGGAGACCUUUAUUGCCUGCAUCAUCUUCGUCUUCAUCAGUGAUCCGGUUUCCUACAAUGGACCAGAAGGUAUCGAGUGGUGCAUGGCUGUCUACUGCAUCUGUUUCAUCCUCUCGCUGUUGGUCAUCAUCCUCUGCAUUGGCGAAUGCACUGGCUGGCUGCCGUGUCCGUUCAACAAGUUCCUCAGUGGCUAUACGCUCUUGGCUGUGCUCAUGUACGCGACAGCCACCAUCAUCUGGCCCAUCUAUAAGUUUGACAGCAAGCAUAGUGGCAGUUCGUCUCGACCCCGUUAUUGCAGUUCAGCCACAAUGUGUGCCUGGGACAAGCUUGUUGCUAUAGCUGUCCUGACAGCCAUCAAUCUCCUGGUGUAUGUGGCUGACCUGGUGUAUUCCGCACGGCUGAUAUUCAUCCAAGGGUAGAGAACAGCUGGUGGCAACGCGAGUCAGGACAGAGAAGGUCAAGAAGGAGGGAGGAUGUAAAGAGAUGGGGAAGGGGAGCAGAAGGGGAAAGCAAAGGCAUCUUUUAAGCACUGCCUUCCCAUCUUUUUCCAUGCUCCCACCCUCUUCUUUUUUGCUUUUGUCUCUUCCACUCUUUUCUUCCAUUUUUCUUUCUUUCCAUUAAUCUUUUCAAAUUUUUACAUUCCUCCUUCCCAGUUAACCUUUUUUGUUUUUGCCUUGUGCUCGUCACUUGUUGCACGCUCGAUCUUUUCUCCACCCCCGCUGUUUGCACAAGUGUGUCAGUUUCAAAACCUCACACGCUUCACGUUUCCCAUGCUCAUUCUGCCCCCUUCAUUCCCUGCCCUUUGCACAAGCAUCGUUUCCUUUUUGCAUGCUUGUCCUUUGCCACUCCCUGUACAUUUGCAAGGCGUGGCUAGCUAAGAGCUCCAAUAUUCAGGGUUUUGAGGGUGCUUCUGUUUGUUUUUUAAUGGUGGUACUGGAGGUGCACAUCCCUGUGAGGGGUGAAUUGCACUGGGGGCAUUAUCCUUGAUUGAAGGAGAUUGCCAGAAUAUUCCCAUGUUGAUCCCCGGCCAGAUGUUUUUAUAUGAACACAAGACCUUCCUGCAUUCUUCUUGCACAGUUCAUAGACACCUCUUUCUUUUCCAUUGCAUGCAUGCUCCUUCACCAGCCACGAAAUCUUCCACCUUCAUGACUGCUCUCUGUCCGGGCCGCCAGCUUGCAUUUCUGAAAGUUGCAUGGGUGUGUGUGCGUGUUUGUAGGGAGAGAGGACCCUGGCUUACUCAAAUGUGUAUAACCAGCAUCUUCUUUUCAAAGGGCAAGGGGAUCCUGGUUCGGGGCUCAUAGGGCCUUAAAAGUGCCGGAGCCUUGAGAGAACAGACCUCUCUGCUUGCAGACAGGAAGGGUUGAGAGACCUCUCCUUUCAUUAACAUAUUUGCCUGGCAGUUUAAAAAAAGAAAAGUUUUUGAUGAGCCUUAAAGGCAUUGUCUCACUUUGCAAGAUGUCACUUGGGGGCUGUUGGCUGCUAAUGAACACAGAUGCCUGAAAGGUAGUUGAGAUGUGCUUGAAGAGGUCUCUGAAACAAAGGGGCAAUUUGCUGCAUGUGGCUUAUGUCAGAACGCACAGGAGCUGCACAGAAGCAGGGCUGCAUGGCUAGUUCUCCAGAAGUUGCCUCUGCCACCUCCAUGGAGAGUUUAUUCUAUGGUUUAUUCUUAUUGAUGUCUGGGGAGUAAAGACUUCUCAUCCUGCUUGGUGGGAGAUUAAAGGCAACGUGCUUGCUUCUGGUUGAUGGUUUUUGGUGACAAAAAGGCACACCGUUCUCAAAAGUGCUCGUGUGUGAGCUGUUGACCAUCGCAGUGCCUUGAAUCUCUAAAGGGGACUUCACUCCUCUGCAUUCAGAAGUUGCCUCUAGUUGCCUUUAGCAAAAUAAGCAGUAUUUUCUUGGAGGUUGAAAGCAAAAUGACUAUUGGGGGGGCUUAAAGCCAACAAUUUGCUAUCCUGAAAAACAGCAUCUACGCUGUAAAAGCGCCUUUAAUUAUUCACCUAAGGAUUAAAAAUCCUUGCCUGCAUUGUUCUUAAAAGCAAAACAUUACACUUAGGGCAAUAUUGUUCCUGAAAAAUAAGCUUGCUUAAUUAUUAUUUUUUACACUUCUUUGAAAACUGCCUUCUAUUGAGUGCCUAAUAAUCUGCUUUAAGUGUUCUUGCUGAAAAAAAAUAGCAAGAUAUUCUUAUGGGGGGGUGGAUAGAAAAAUUGAACAUACAUGUUCAGUGGAGUGUUAAAUAUGUUAUUUUGCCUCUGUUUUGGUUGCUGAACCAGUAUUUAAAAAGAGAAUAUAUACCAGGGGACACAUCCUUCAGCCUAAAAAGACAACAACGUUCUCUUCCCUUCUGCUCAGCACUAGAGUUUAGUUUCAUGUACUUAAAAGAAAUGAAUUUACAAUAUUAUUUUCAUAAUUUGCCUUUUGUAUACUUCUAGAUGUCAUAUAGCAUAGAGACAGAAAUAUAGGCUCUCCCUGCUCCAUUUCACCCUAACUGCGGUGCUCUUGUUUGUGAAUGUGUGGUUGUUUU